UCGAAAAUGCAUUUCAGUGUCACGGUUAUCGCCCGCUAGUCCGGUUGGACCAUUUCUUCGGGAUAAAUGCACUGAAUUUCGAGAUGAAGAUUAUACUGACACUGCUGGUUGUUGUUGUUUGUGCAGAAGCAACAUUUAAACUGGGUGCGUUGUUAAGCUUGUUACGACUUAAAUCAAACUUGUUGCAACCAGGAUAUGCCACAUACUAUCGACAUGCUCCAGUUCCGAUAGCCAUUCAACCAGGAUAUGCUGUCAACUACCGGCAAGCUCCUGCUGCAGUUUCUUUCCAGCCUACGUACACUUCAUUCUGCGAACAUGGGGCAUCUGCUCAUCCAGUUCAUACCUCCUAUUACCGCCAUGCACCUGCGCAGGUCCCGUUAUAUCGGUCAGUUCAAACUGCAGCGCCAUCACUUGCACCUGUCUCCUACUAUCAAUUCCCUCAAGAAAAUCCGGUCGCGACAAAUUUGGAUGCCGCACAAGAGCUAGGAUCCGAUAUUAACAUCGGAAAUUCAAAAUCCGUUUCGUUUGCAACGGAUAGCCAUCCAGAACCAGCAGCCGUCCCCAUACAAUCGACUCUACAGAACGAUUUCACUGCUGUACCACUUCAAAGCUAUGACUAUAAUUCAGCAAAUACUCCUAGUGAAAUAUCACUAUCUCUCGUUGCUCCGGAAGCUACCAUCCCCGAGCAACGAAACGACUUUAAUGUUGUGCCAUAUCAGAGCGUCUCCUACAAUACAGAAAAAACACGUAGACUAGCGCCAGCUGAACCCGUUUCGUUCUCUGCCAUUAAUGCAGAACUUGCUUCCAUCCCCGUUGCAUCGACUGCACAAAAUAACUAUGCCGCGCAAAGCAUAUCCUUUAAUCCGGAAAACGCGCCUCCUAAAUCCGUUUUAUUCAAUGUUGGAAAAGCAGCUUCCGUCCAACAGCCCCUACAAAGCGUUGUGCCAUAUCAAAGUUUUUCCGUAGUAUCGGGAGGAACUGACUACACCGUAGAAGUGGUGAGAUCUGAAGGUCGUUCAUAUAGCCUCCCUGAAGAGCACAUAACCUUUGAGCAAACAGUUGCACCGAUUGCGGAGAUAAAUACGAUCGCUAAAGAUGAUGGCCCAUUCAAAGUCAACCUGCACACUCCUGAUAUUGUUUCGAUUGCUGUUGACCCCUCCCCAAAUCAGAUCGUAAACCAUCUUCCUAUUGUAUUGCAACCACCCGCACUGUCGCAACCAGUCGUCUUCAAUUCCGCGGUAGACACUAACGCAGUUUCAACUGCCCAGGCUGUUGCCGACGUUUCGGUAGCGAACGUUCCCCAACCAAUAACUGCCUCAGCCAAAUUCGAUCAAGCCCACUUGACACAGCAGAUUCCGCCAGCGGUCAUCCCGAACAUUAUCGCACAAGUCUCGCCGCGAAUCGCUCAACAAACACUUCCGCAAGUUGUCCAAAAAGUUGGCUCCACUGUGUCCCAAAAGCAGUCGGAACCCGUGCACAUUGUCACUCCCUACACUCAGCACAAGCAAGCUCAGAACGAAAAGGUUGUCGUCAUGUAUGCAACCUCCCUCCCACGAGGUCAGUACGACGAAUCGGAAAAUCUGGUCGUCCCCAUCGGUAACCAGAAGUCCAAAUCCGGAGCGGUGAAAGCCAAAUCCGAAUCGAAGAUCGUAUUCGAAAAAGGCCUGCAAGUGGGACACAACGUCCAGGAAGAGCGUCGCAGUGUGGGCAAGGUGAACCAGCAGAUCAUCAGCAACUUCCAGCGGGAGAACGCUGCCUUGAAAAGGCAAAGACAGAGCGGUUCUCCAAGGGCGGCAUCGGCAGCGUCGACGAGGGGAAGUGUUUCGUACAAGACUGCAAAUGCUAAGACGCGAAAUGUUCAGCCGCAGCCCCGUUAGUGAUCUGCGAGAUAGAGGACGAUUUGUAACUGCAACCAAAAAUGAAUAUAUAGUUCAAAAUAGAGAUUGUUUUGAGUGGUUCUCAUGAGAAUACUAGCGUAAGGAUUAGCAUUAUUUUAGGCUAUUAGAAUGUACAGUACAUGCAGACAAUAUAGAAGGAAUUCCGUGCCAUAGAACGAGA